GUCGAACGGGAUGGCGAGGGAUGGGAGAAGGGAGUUGGGCACGGAAAAAGAGAGGCGAGUGGGGUUGAGUGGGGGGCGAGUGGGAGGCGAGUGGGGGGCGAGUGGAGGGCGGGUGGGGGGCGAGUUGGGGGCGAGUGGGGGGCGAGGCGCACCCGGAGAGGAGGAGGCCGGACGCGGCGUGGUGGCAGAGCGCCGUCACCUCCGCGCGAUGGCCGCGCAGAUGCGCCUCCGCCGCCCACCGCCGCUUCCACGAUGGCUUGGCGGGCGACGCCAUUGGAGCGGAUGGGCUCGGCGACCGCGCGAGGCUGCGCGCUGGAUGCCGCCCGGACGAUGGCGGUUUGCGCAAUCGGUCCGAUCGAUCACGAUCGACGCUACACUUGCCUGCGCCGAGGGCGAGGUGUGA